AGAAUUAAAACAUGCUCAGGCUGAAAAAUGGAUUGAUUGAAUCGACAGUUUGCCGUUUUUAUUUAUUGGGAGAAAUGUUCUGCUUACUACCUGCAGUAUUGAAAAGUCCCCCUAGGGGCACGUGUACCUCCAUUCGCUCUUUGAUAUCGUUUUCCAGUCGUUACGGUAAUAUACCGGAAGAGGCCAUUCUGUUCUGGGAUAUAUCGACAUCACAGGGUCAGUUCCAGUUCAGUUUUUUUUUUUUUUACCUCUCACCGGUGAUCGAGUAAAACAUGUUAAUAAACGUGUCACCGAGCGACCCAACUUUGGAAGAACAGCUUUUGUCCAUAAUGGACGUGCUUGCGAAAGCGGCCGUAUCUGAAAUUAGCCAACUAUUCUCGGACUGCUCGACCACCCUUCGCUUACAAAUAAAUGAGGGCCUGAAAGAAAACGAAUCGCUGAGGACGAGGAUGAAGGUGAUGAGAAGUGAGCUGUUUUCUUUGCGGCUUCAAACGAGAUCAAAUGCAUCGCGUGCGGCAAGUCGUUUCGCCCUGGCUCGAGCCAGCAUCUGCAAACCACGGACUAAAGCACUGGGGAAUGUGUCCUCAACCUGGUCACCCGCUUGAGCUUUGAGUCUCGGGAGGAGGGGGCUGGAGGAAACAUCCCUCUCAAUCUGUGACUGUCAGAACGCAGCAUAGAGCGUGGCGCCACCUCGGAGAGUCUGCGUGUGGGAACCCCAGGCUCCUCCCACAUGUCCAGACACAACAGGGAGCUGAGGAUCCUGAGCGUCCAUGGACGAGGGGAGGGUCCAUUGGCAGUGGACGGCCAUGACACCCUCGUAAAAGCAUCCAAACUGGAGGCUCUGAGCUCGCUGACCACGGACCACAGUGUCGCCAAGAGCCUGGAGCGCGGCGAACGGCUUGGCGUCUGUGAGGAGUUGACUGGGCAGCAGCAGACCCGACACACCAUUUUAAUCAAGGAGGAAGAGGAUAUUGGUGGAGGCAUGACCACUGUAGAAGACUCAAUCUCUGAGAGACUGCAUGUGGACGCCCCUGGCUCCUCCCACAUGUCCAGUCACAACGGGGAGCUGAGGAUCCGGAGCGUCCACGGAAAAGGGGAGGGCCCACUGGCGGUGGACGGCCAUGACACCCUCUUCAACGCAUCCGAAGUGGAGGCCCCGAGCCCGCUGUCCGCGGACCAGCGGGCUCGGGAGGGCCUGCACUGCGGUGAGCGGCGAGUCCACCUUGAGGAGCGGACUAGGCCUCGGAGCGGCAACAAGGGCCCGCACUGUGUCUUGUGUGGCAAGGUUUUUUCAGACAACACCAAGAUGGCCAUCCACAUGCGUACCCACACCGGCGAGAAGCCCUACGGGUGCGACCAAUGCAAGAAGCGCUUCAGACAGACCGGCAACCUGAAGAUCCACAUGAGGACUCACUCCGGGGAGAAGCCCUUCAAGUGUGACCAAUGCAUGAAGUGCUUCAGUCAGAGCUCCAACCUGAAGACCCACCUGAGGACUCACUCGGGGGAGAAGCCCUUUGUGUGUCGGCAGUGCAAAGCCAGCUUUAGUGACCCAAGCAAUUUGCGUUUGCACAUGUUCAAGCAGUGUUUCCCCCAGGAAAUGUCUUAGUGGACAAUACAUUACCAAUACAUUACUCAUCUUUAUUCUUUGUACCUGAUGGAAGUAUGUUUCCUUACCCUGCGAGAGUUGGGUAAGGAAAUUGUUAAUGCAUAAUAAUUUGUUAAUGCAUAAUAAUAAAAAAGAAUAUAAA